AUGCAGGGACGUAAUCUCGUGUCAUUGCUUUGUCGUGGCUCUGCGUCUGUUCGGGUCAUCGGAGCAGCGUGUGCUCGCAAGCCGUUUUACAGCCGAGUUCAGAGCGUGACUACGCCAGCUUCGCUUCGUUUAUUGUCAACAUUACCGAACCUUCCUCUCUUUCGUGCACUCAAAGAUCAUGACUCCUCAAGCCUCGCCGUCAUCCAUAGCGCAUCUUCGCGAUCCUUCACGUACGGUAACUUGGUCGCGGACGUGCUGCAGGCGAAAGAACGCCUGCUAGGGUCUGUCGGAGGAAGGCAGAAUUCGCUAUCCGGGGAAAGGGUUGCAUUCCUUGCGGAGAAUAGCUACGAUUACGUAGUAACACUCCUCUCUAUCCUCGCAAGCAAUGCGAUUGCUCUCCCUCUCUCUCCUGCGUUCCCUGUCGGCGAACUCAAGUAUAUUCUCGACAACUCCCAGGCCAAGGUGUUGGUCGCUACUCAGAAGUACGCGGAUAAGGCGCACGACCUGCUCAAGGCCGGGUUGAAUACAGAGCCCGUACUGGAUAUCAAGGAGAAGAUCCAGGUGGGUGCGACUAGCUCGCACCCGGUCUCUUUGGAGGAUCUCGACGGGGAGAGAUCGCUGGGAGGGAUGAUGCUUUAUACUUCUGGGACCACGAACCGGCCGAAAGGCGUGCUUAUCCCCCAAUCAGCACUCACCGCACAAGCGGCUUCGCUAUUAGAGGCGUGGAAAUAUACCCCUGAAGAUCGAUUGCUUCAUCUUCUUCCACUACAUCACAUCCAUGGAACUGUCAAUGCGAUUGUGACGCCUAUACUUGCCGGAUCUUCCAUUGAAUUCAUGUUUCCGUUCAAUACAGACGGCGUGUGGAACAGGCUUGCAGCGCCAUUUUUACAAAACAGCACGACUAAGAGUAAGAUUACAUUCCUUACAGCUGUACCGACCAUCUACAACCGGUUGCUUUCGAGCUUUCCUAGCCUACGUCCUGAAAUUCAAGAAGCCGCGAAGAAGGGCAUCUCGCCCGAGAAUCUCCGUCUAAACAUUUCUGGCUCCGCCGCUCUCCCGACACCGACCAAGCAAGCCUGGCAGGAUCUCAGCAAUGGAAACGUGCUCCUCGAGCGCUUUGGCAUGACUGAGGUCGGAAUGGCCAUCAGCUGCGGGCUCGACUUCGCGGACCGCGCGGAUGGAAGUGUCGGCUGGCCGCUGCCGUCUGUGGAGGCUAGGCUGGUCGACACUGAGACGAACGAAGUCAUCAAGCCUGGGGAGGAGCUCGAUGCCAACGGCCGUGAGCGGGAAGGUGAAAUCCAGCUUCGUGGACCGACGAUCUUCCGCGAAUACUGGGCUAAUGAGAAGGCCACAAAAGAGGCCUUCGUGGAUAGCGAAGAUGGGAAAGGAAAGUGGUUCAAAACCGGCGACGUUGCUACCCGCCGAAUAGUCAAGAACGCCGGCAAGGGGAUCAGCGGUGAAUGGGCCAGAGGCCCAAUGUAUUUCAUCCAGGGUCGACUGAGCGUCGACAUCAUCAAAACGGGUGGAGAGAAGGUCAGCGCGUUGGAAGUCGAGAGAGAGUUACUCUCACUCCCUCAGAUCAUCGAAGCCGCCGUUGUUGGUCUUCCAUCCGAGCAAUGGGGUCAAAAGGUUGCUGCGAUAGUCGUCCUGAAUCCCGAAGUAGCAGCCAAGACAGGCCGUAACGGCAAACCCUGGGGUCCUGUGGACAUGCGGCGCGCCCUUAAAGACCGGCUAGCGAGCUACAAGCUGCCCCAAGAGAUGAAGAUCCUUGACGGGCCAAUUCCGAGAAAUGCCAUGGGAAAGGUAAACAAGAAGACACUCGUCAAGGAGGUCUUCGGAUUGUAA